CUGCUUUUACAUUGAUGCAUGUUCUGAUACUGGAGGUCUCAUUUUCUGUUUAUUGCUGGACUGUUUUUCUUUUUCAAAUCUAACAGCAUCCUGUUUUUCUCUCUCAAAGGUUCAACUAUGUCUGAUGAGUAAUACACACCAGCACCCAUGGCCCCCAAGGCAGAGGCAAAGCCCAAAAGCAAGAUUUCGGCCUCCCGAAAGCUCUCUUUGAAGAUCCUCUUGCUGACUCGUGCAACGGAACAGCUGGAGGCAGAGAAGGCUGCAAGAGAGGAAGAGAAAGUUCGCUACCUGGGAGAGAAGCUUCCACCAUUGCAGCUUACUGGUUUAAACAUGGACGAAAUGCAGAAAUUGUGUAAGCAGAUCCAUGCAAAGAUUGAUAAGGUGGAUGAGGAGCGGUACGAUUAUGAGGCCAAAGUCAUCAAGAACAACAGAGAUAUCAAUGAAUUGAAUCUAAAGGUGCAGGACCUUGGAGGGAAGUUCAAGAAGCCAGCUCUGAGGAAGGUGAGAGUGUCAGCAGACGAGAUGUUGAAGGCUCUCUUUGGAUCCAAAAACAAGGGCUCCAUGGACCUGAGGGCAAACCUCAAGUCUGUAAAGAAAGAGGAUAUCAAACAAGAGAAGGAGCUGAACUUGGAGGUGGGUGACUGGCGUAAGAAUGUGGAGGCCAUGUCUGGUAUGGAGGGCAGGAAGAAGAUGUUUGAUGCAUGAUCUUAUAUAGAAAGAACCAAAUUCAAAUUGGAAUAGUAUAACAAAAUGCACAAUUUAAAAGAAUUGAAAUGACGGUAUGCCUUGAAGGCUCAUGUUUGAUGAACCUCAGCAGUGAAAUAUAAACAGUAGAGUGACUGUAGGUUUGCCUCACAACAGUACUUCCUGCACAAAACUUAGUCUUUGGCAGUUUUUUUUUUCUGCAUUUAGAAGUUGUUUUGGUAACAGUGUAAUAAUACGCAUGACUUUCAAAUCAAUGUAGUUUUUAUUCUGUUGUCAAGUAGACCACUUGUAAAAUAGCAUUGUGAAUACACAGUAUAUUACUGCCUGAUAAUGCUGUUGUGUAAAAGAAUACAAUAAAUGUUUACAUAUUG